UACCACUUGCGGUGUCCGUCGUCACAAGUGAAGUACUAGGUAGACACAUUCGCUUAGAGGUAUCCAGCAUGGAGGUCUCAGCCAUGGAGGAGGCCCUCCCGAAGGCGACGACGAAGAACAAGGGAGGCCUCAGGACCAUACCGUUCAUCAUCUCGAACGAGAUCUUCGAGAAGGUGGCCACGUUCGGGCUGCACGCCAACAUGAUCCUGUACCUCACCGAGAGGUACCACAUGGCGGCGGCCACCGGCACCGCCGUGCUCUACAUCUGGAACGCGCUCUCCAACUUCCUCCCGGUCUUCGGCGCCGUCCUCUCCGACUCCUGCCUCGGCCGCUUCCGCGUCAUCGCCCUCGGCUCCGUCGUCAGCCUCGCCGGGAUGUGCCUGCUGUGCCUGACGGCGAUACUGCCGGCGGACAGGAGGACGGCGGGGUGCGCGGCGAGGCGGAGCGACUGCGAGCUGGUGCCGUGGCAGCUGCCGCUGCUGUUCGCGUCGUUCCUGCUCAUGUCGGUGGGGUCGGGCGGCAUCCGGCCGUGCGCGCUGGCGUUCGGGGCGGACCAGCUGGACCGGCGGGACAACAGCGCCCGGAACGUGCGGACGCUGCAGACCUUCUUCAACUGGUACUACACCGUGCUGGGGCUCUCCAUCGUGCUCGCCUCCACCGUCGUCGUCUACAUCCAGCAGGCCAAGGGGUGGGUCAUCGGCUUCGCCGUGCCCGUCGUGCUCAUGCUCACCGCGCUCGCGCUGCUGCUGCUCGGCUCGCCCUUGUACCUCAAGGCGAAGGCCGACAGGAGCGUGCUCGUCGGCCUCGUGCAGGUGCUCGUCGCCAGCUACAGGAGGCGGCGGGAGGCGCUGCCGGCGGAGACGGCCGACGCGUCGUGGUUCCACAACCGGGCCGGGUACAAGCCAAGGGUUCCGUCGAGCAGGUUGAGGUGGUUGAACCGGGCGUGCGCGCUCGGCGACAACCCGGAGAAGGAGGUGAACCCCGACGACGGGUCGGCGCGCGACCCGUGGACGCUGUGCACGGUGCAGCAGGUGGAGGACGUCAAGGCGGCCGUCCGCGUGCUGCCGAUAUGGUCGACCGGGAUCAUGCCCGGCGUGGUCAUCGGCCAGCAGAUGUUCCCGGUGCUGCAGGCGAAGAUGAUGGAGCGGCGGGUGGGCGGGCUGGAGAUCCCCGCGGCGUCCUUCGGCGUCUUCAGCAUCCUCACGCUCACCGUCUGGGUGGCCGUCUACGACCGCGCGCUCGUCCGACCGCUGUCGCAGCUCACCGGCCACGCCCGCGGCGUCACCCUGCGGCAGCGGAUGGGCAUCGGCAUUGCGCUGUUCGCCGUGGCCAUGGCCGUGGCCGCGCGCACCGAGAGCGCCCGCCGCGCCGCGGCGCUGGCCGAGGGGCUCCGCGACUACGGCCCGCAGUCGGGCCGCGCCGCGCGCAUGUCCGCCAUGCGGCUGGUGCCGCAGCACUGCAUCACGGGCCUCGCCGAGGCGCUGAACCUGAUCGGCCAGAUCGAGUUCUACUACUCGGAGUUCCCCAAGACCAUGUCCAGCAUCGGCGUCUCGCUGCUCGCGCUCGGCAUGGGGUUCGGCAGCGUGGCCGGGAGCGCCAUCGUCGGGGUCAUCAACGCCGCCACCAGGAGGAGCGGCGGCGACAGCUGGCUCUCCAGCGACCUCAACAGGGGACGCUACGACUACUACUACCUCGUCCUCGCCGUGCUGUGCGUGGCCAACCUCGUCUUCUUCGUCUGGUGCGGCUGGGCCUACGGCGAGGAAGGCCAGAACCGCGUCACGGCGGAGGAAGCGAUCAUGGAAGACAAACCAAAGGAAGAGCAGCAGAAACUGUAAAACCCUUUUCAGUGAGGCAGGCUGCUGCUUCACCUUCUACUUCUCCCUCUUGUGAAAAUUGAGUAAUAUGUACAUGUAUAAGUUGGUGAAAAAAUUUGGACGGUUCGACCCAGGGUUUCUCCUACCACCGGAUACGGGGUUACCACACCUCGGUAAACCAUGAGAAACCAUAAA